AUGGAAAAGGCCUAUGACAUGAUAUGGAAAAGGAAAGUGAUCGAGCUAAUGGCAGACUACAAAAUCGGCGGUAACAUGAUUAAAUUCGUCGCCAACUUUUUAAAGAAGAGAUAUUUCAGAGUAAAAAUAAAUGGUACGUUAUCAGACUGUCUCGAAACUGAAAAUGGAGUCCCCCAGGGAUCAGCUAUCAGUGUUACAUUGUUUCUAAUAGUAAUCAACCUAUUCAAGAACUGUAUACAAAAACCUGUCAGUUACUCCGGGUUUGCUGACGAUUGUACAGUCCUCGUUGCAGGAAAAAAUCCAAAAACCACAACUCAGCUGCUCCAAAAAACAAUCAACCAACUCGAAACUCUCAAUCGAAGAACGGGGUUCCGCUUUUCAAAAACUAAAACUGUUCUAGCUAUAUUUUCCAAAGCAGCACUAGAUCUAGAAGAAUUUCAAAUCAACAUAGGCAACACAGUCGUAGAAAUAGUCGAUACGGUUAAAAUCCUAGGACUGACAUUUGACGCACAUCUAAAAUGGAAUACACAUAUAAAAAGCCUGAAAAACGAAUGUAUCAGAAGACUGAGUGUACUCAAAUGCAUCUCUUCGAAAAAUUGGGGAGCCGACCUAGAAAUUAUAAAUAACACGUACAAAAGCCUCAUCAGGACUAAGCUCGACUACGGAUCAAUAGCCUAUAAUUCAGCGCGUAAAUCGUUACUCAAAACAUUGGAACCCGUCCAAAACGCAGCCGCGAGAAUCAUAACAGGAGCAUUUAGAACCAGUCCAGUAUUAGCGAUCCUAAGUGAAGCGAAACUUCCUCCUUUACAUAUAAGACGUAUGCAAACCACGCUGAAUUACGCGACUUCUAUAGCAGCGACACCAGACAACCCCGUAUUCAAAUUGAUAUUCAAAAAUAGCAGCAUUAACUACUCACCAUUCAAAGCCCAUAUAUCGAUACAUGCUAGAGUGGAAUUAUAUCUCAAAAGCGUGGAAAAAUCUAUUGGACCCGUCCUACCUCAAAUGCAGCUCAACUCUCCGCCUUGGCUUGCAGAACCAAUGGUCAUCCUUGAUGACCAAUUUCCUAGUGUCAAAAAUGAAAUGAAUACUACUACCAUACAACAAAUAUUUAGUAACAUCAAGUCCAAUUUCAGCGACCAUACACCUAUAUUUACAGAUGGAUCGAAAUCUAAGAAUGGAACUGGCUGUGCUAUAUUAAUUAAUGGAGAAAUUCAAAAGUAUAAAUUGCCCGCCUCAUGGUCGGUUUUUUCAGCUGAAGCUCACGCUGUGAGUAAAGCUGUCGACUCAAUUGCACUAAUGGAUAUGAACAAAUUUAUCAUCUUCUCCGAUUCAAAAAGUAUACUGUCAGCAUUGAAGGAAGUUAACUCAAAAAAUACUGCAAUAAAAUCAAUCAAUAACAAACUUUUAGAUUUAAAGCACAGGAAUAAAAUUGACAGCAUUGUUAUAGCAUGGAUACCUUCACAUUGUGGAAUCAAAGAAAACGAGAUAGUUAAUCAAGCCGCAAAGGAAGCAGCAGCUAUGUCCAAUGACACUGUGAAUAUUGAACCCCACCCUCAUACAGAGAAAAAGAAAGAACUGUCGUCUGCCAUAAAUGAGUAUUGGAACGAGCUGUGGAAGAAGGCCCCUGCCUUAAAAAUUCAUGAAUUCGUACAAAAUUUCUUCGACAAUAGGCCAACUCUCGAUGUCACACGCAAAGAGCAAGUCAUUCUAACAAGACUCAAAAUCGGACAUACGAACUUAACCCAUAUCCAUCUAAUCACGAAGGACAAACCAAAUAAGUGUGAAAAAUGUGCGGUGUCGCUAUCAGUGAAACAUUUACUAUUGGAGUGCGCGGAUCUAGCUGAAGAAAGAAAAAGUUGCAACCUUCCAAUUGAAUACUCGAACUAUUUUGCAAAAAAAAAAUCGUGCUACAGUGUACUAGAACUUCUGAAAAGAACUAAGUUUUUUCAUUCAAUCUGA